AUGCCUUAUGUCAUGGUUUCCCAUAUAAACCUCCUUUACCAUGUGAACUGUCAGUCUGAGAGCCUCGUCACCCGCUGGGGAGUCAAAUCUGGAGCCCUGAAAGACGGCACCAUGUCAUCACGGCCAAUCAGAAUCACCACAACAGAGCCAACCAUCAGCCUCAAUGUGCCCACAAAGACGAGCGAGGACAGCCAUGGAGGAAAGUCUUCCCCGUUCGCCGGUUUACUGAGGGUUCCUCUGCUCCUGCUACUCCUCUAUGGGUUUGUUUGUUCUCUGGACGUCCUAAGCUCUGCUUUUCAGCUGGCUGGAGGCAAAGUGGCUGGAGACAUUUUCAAGGACAACGCCGUCCUGUCCAACCCUGUAGCCGGACUCAUGGUGGGGAUCCUGGUCACGGUUCUGGUCCAGAGCUCAAGUACUUCCACAUCUAUCGUGGUCAGCUUGGUCUCGUCUGGACUGCUGGAAGUGAAGUCAGCGGUCCCCAUCAUCAUGGGCUCCAACAUCGGCACGUCUGUCACCAACACCAUCGUCGCCCUGAUGCAAGCGGGAGAGAGGAACGAAUUUAAACGUGCGUUUGCGGGAGCCACGAUCCACGACUGUUUUAACUGGCUGUCGGUGCUGGUUCUGCUGCCGCUCGAGGUGGCCUCGGGUCUGAUGAGCUUCCUGGCCAGAGUCACUGUCAGCGGCUUUCAGCUCCACAGCGGAGAAGAGGCUCCCGAACUGCUGAAGACGCUCACUGAGCCCUUCACCAAACUCAUCAUACAGCUGGAUAAGUCGGUGAUAACGGGCAUCGCUCUGGGUGACGAGUCCAUGAGGAAUCACAGUCUGGUGAAAGUCUGGUGCAAGUCCAGCGUCUCAAUGUCUUCAGUGAACGUGACCGUGGCUGCCGCCCACAACUGCUCUGCUGAACUGCAUUGUGGGAAUGACAGUGAUCUCACGUGGAUCACACAGAAUAUCACCUCGCAGGUCAACACAGAGAAAUGCCGGCACCUGUUUGUGGACUCGGGUCUGUCGGACCUGGCGGUGGGUCUGGUUCUGUUGGCCGCGUCUCUGCUGGUGUUGUGCUCCUGUCUUCUGCUGCUCGUCAAACUGCUCAACUCACUACUCAAAGGUCAAGUGGCAAAGGUCAUCGAAAGGGUCAUCAACACAGAUUUCCCGUAUCCUCUGGGAUGGCUGUCGGGAUAUGUGGCGAUGUUUCUGGGAGCCGGAAUGACCUUCAUCAUCCAGAGCAGCUCCGUCUUCACCUCGGCCCUGACUCCGCUCAUAGGCAUUGGUGUGAUCAGUCUGAACAGGGCGUAUCCUCUGACCUUGGGCUCCAACAUCGGCACGACCACCACCGCCAUCCUCGCCGCCCUCGCCAGUCCCAGAGAGAAGCUUCCCGCUGCGUGCCAGAUCGCCUUGUGCCAUUUUUACUUCAACAUUUUUGGGAUUUUACUGUGGUACCCCAUCCCGAUGACUCGCCUGCCGAUCCGCAUGGCGUCUGCGCUGGGCGAGCGCACUGCUAAGUACCGCUGGUUCGCCGUGCUGUAUCUGCUGGUGUGUUUUCUGCUGAUGCCCUGUCUCGUGUUCGGCAUCUCUCUGGCCGGAUGGCAGGCUAUGGUCGCGGUGGGAACGCCGUUCUCCGCGCUCAUCGUCUUCAUCCUCCUGAUCAACCUGAUGCAGGCCCGUAACCCCACACGCCUGCCCAAGACGCUGCGCAGCUGGGACUUUCUCCCGCACUGGAUGCACUCUCUCAAACCGCUGGACAAGCUCAUCUCCAGAAGCACGGCGCUGUGCUGUAGCCCGGCUCGAAUGAAGGACCCCGAGGUGGUCGUGGUGUCUCCAGAGUUCAAGAACCCAGCCGAGUGUGGCUACGAUAACCCUGGCCUGUCUCUCCCGGAGGAGAUCUCCUCCGAGCCCAGAGUCUUUAGACUGAGAGGACUGGAGAGAUGCAACAGCACGCCGCUAUAGACGCUCUCUCAGAUUCAAGCUCUGCUCCAAAACCUCAUGCACUGCAAAAAAUGCUUUUCUUACGGAGUAUUUUUGUCUUGUUUCCAGUCCAAAUAUCAAAAGAUUCUUAAAUCAAGAUGCAUUUGCUAAAUUCGUAAAAUG